AUGAAGAAUCGAAGCGGAAAAAACGAAGCGAAAAGUAGAAAACUAGACAUCGUCGUGGUUUUAGAUGUGUCAAAAAGUGGACAACCGCAGGAACCACCGCCACGACCGCGUACGAUACAACAACCUCCAACCGCAGAAUUUUCCCUCAAAUGUUAUUCCAAUACGUGA